GGUGCGGGAAACGCGUCUGCUGGUUUCACUUGGACCGUCUGUUAUGCCAUCAUUAUUGCUGUAUCUUUCGUUUCUUAAUUUUCGUGCCGCUAGAGAGAAAAGAAAAAGAGAGCACAGACGAUUGCGUAGUAUAACAAAUGUCAACAUCGCUGAGUAAAUAGCUUCAUUAUUUUCAAGCGAUAAUUGCAUUGAAGUGUGCGUGUGUGUCCUAUAUAGGCUCGUUGCUGAUUUUAUUUUACGGUUACCGAGUGUACUACGUUUAUUCUCUGACUUUGACAUUGACUGUUGUUGCCAGCAAGGCAAUAUUUCAGGCUGUCUAAUAUAACGACGAGCAUAUACAUUGUUCUCCUCUGCUAUUGUUGUGAGUGCUUGUAUCACAUAGUUUCUCCAGUUGACUCUUUAAACAUUUUAUAGUGUAAGGUGGGAUAUGCUGGUUUAUAAAUUCUUAAUGUUAGCUGUUUCAUCAUUGAAUGAAGAUUGUUGGUACGCAAGGAUGGUAGUACCAAUUAAUCUCAGCUCUCGUGAGUGAUCAUCGCUUCUGUUUUUAUUUAAACAAGUUGGAAAGGGAGAACUGCCAAAAUGGGUUCCAUAGCUUUGGAGGAGUAUGAGCUGAUGAAAGACUCAAAAUAUCGAGUCUAUGUAUCAGCUGUGGACAAAGCACUCAAAAAUUUUGAGUAUACCAGCGAGUGGGCAGAUUUGAUAUCUGCAUUGGGAAAGCUUAAUAAAGUACUAUUGAGUCAUAUGAAAUUUCCAGUAAUCCCAAGAAGAAUUAAAAUUUCUAAAAGACUUGCACAAUGUAUGCAUCCAGCUUUACCACCUGGAGUUCAUUUGAAAGCUCUAGAAACUUAUGAUAUUAUAUUUAAGUGUAUGGGCACAAAUAGAUUGAGUCAUGAACUUUUUAUUUACAGCGCAGGUCUUUUUCCAUUAUUGGGUAAUGCCGCAAUGAAUGUACGACCAUUACUUUUGACUGUUUAUGAAACACAUUUUGUUCCACUUGGAGAACGAUUAAGACCAGGAUUGAGUGGUUUUCUCAGUGGUGUUCUUCCAGGAUUAGAAGAAGGUUCCGAUCAUUUUGACAGGACUAAUUCAUUGUUAGAAAAAGUUUGCGACGGUGUAGGUCCUGAACACUUUUAUGCAUGUUUAUGGGACUGUCUAGCUUCUAAUUCUGGAAUAAGGUUGCCAGCAAUUUCAUUUGCAUUAACACAUUUUCAUAAAAAGCUACCAAUGGAAGACCAACUUUAUAUAAUGGGGACUAAUGUCGAUAUUAUGGUCUCCGCGUUAUGUGCUGGGGUUCAAGAUAGUUCUGUAUUAGUUCAGAGAAGUGCUUUAGAUUUAUUGCUUGUUGGUUUUCCUGUGCAUAAUAGUCAAUUGUCGAGGAAAGAUAUGGUUAAUAUACUUACCGCUGCUUUAACUACAAUAUUGCGACGUGACAUGAGCUUAAAUAGACGACUGUUUGCAUGGUUGUUGGGUACUGAAGUGAAUACGUCAAUUUUAAAGAAAAAGGAAGACCGUGGCACAAAUGAAACUUCAACUGCGUAUUUCGACGUUUACUCCAAGGACAUGCUAAUAGAUGCAAUUAAGUCGACUUUAAAAACCAUUUGUAACGAUAAUCCCCAGGAUUUAAAACCUUAUAGAAUUUUGAUUUCCUUAUUGGAUAAGCCCGAUAUAGGUCCUGUUAUUCUCGAUGAUAUUCUAUACGAAGUUUAUAGAACAUUUUAUAACGCCUGUUCCAUAACGAGUAAACAUUCUAAAUCAAGCGAAGUGAUAAAAUCUGUGAAUCUGUUAUUUUCGACUUUGGAGCCACAAUAUGUAUGGAUACACUGCGGCUAUUUAUUUGAGAAAGCUUGUGAAAAAAUUAACAGCAAUAGAGGAUUAUGCCAAUGGCAGGAAAAGCAAAAACCGAUGGUCAAAGAAGUCGGUAGUGGCUUGCCAUCGCUGGUGGAAAUCUGCAUGCUAACCGAGUUUUUACUCGAGACUGUCUCUCUCGAUGCAUUUAUAGAUACACCAUCCGAGCAUUUACCGAGCCUCUUUCACAGCAUCAUCGAUAAACUCUCAAAUUGCAUAAAUUUUUUACUACCCAUGGAAAUAACCAUGAGUUUGAAGCUAUGUGGAAAAAUUCUGUCGAAAGUACAACCAGCCGUCUCAGCAAAUUCAACGGUUGAAAAGUCAGAAAGCGGCGAGAUGAAAUUAGAUUCAAAUGGGACCGCAUUACCCAUCGAAAGUGGUUUGGCUGCAAUUCCCUUGGAAAAGAGUCAGUCGGACAGUAAAUUAAAUAAACCCACCGCUGUCGAAUUGACCCAUAAUUUAUCGGAUCGUAGCCCUAGCCCAAGAAGGCGUGCCAAUUCGAGCGGUGCUCCUAAGAAGAACGACAAAAAGACGAAGAAAAAAUCAAGCAAGAGCACGUCUAAACUAUCGGAUGCCUAUUCAAUUCAGGUGGACGUAAGCAGCAUUUCCGUUAUCGUUAGCGAAGACGCAAAGUCCCCAAGCUCCAUGAGCCGUAACAAGAGUUUGGAGGACUUAAACAGCAGUGAUUAUCAGAUUGAUACCGCCAGUCUAGGUUUAAGCGCGGACGGAAAGACUACCUUCGGUGCGAGGGAUGCAUCAUCGAUGUGUUCCCUUAAUUCGGUGAGUCGAGGCCCAUCCCCGGCUCAGCAGAUCCAGCACUCUAUGUUGGAAAAAUGCCUGCGUUUGUACGAGAAAUUUUAUGUUAAAUUCAUUAUCCGUCGCGUUCUUGAAGAUAACAUGUCUGUGCCAAGACUAAGUGAUUAUGAGUAUCAUUUUGGUUGCUUGAGAAUGCCUUCGUGUAAGGAAAGCUUUGACGAGCGUACGAGGCAUCUGGAGAAAUUGUUGAAAUCAAAGCUUGACCCUGAGGAUUUGAAAGUAUAUAAUCAAAAUUCACCAUCUCCGUCGGAAAUUGAACCAAAGGGAUAUCUUGUGUAUCCCUACGUGGAAUCGAUAGAUUCAUCGUAUUGGGAAGAGGUAUUGAGAGUAGCAUCGAGUUUACUCGUCGAGUUGUCCACCUUCCCGACGUAUUUCUUACCGGGUGACGGCUUAUUGGAGGAGGAAGAGCCACGGGAUAACGCCAAUCUGCCGAAAUGGUUGAAGGUCUUGAUCGUUUGCAGCUGUUGGCUAAAUGUGCAGCCAUCCCUGCAACUCACGAGCAUUGCCACACUUCUGGAUCUUAUUGCAUUGUCGAAGGCGCACAGCGAUUCUGCUAGACAGACUCAUGGAGAAGGUGUCACAACUGUCGUCAUUGUGCCCCUGCUCAAGCAGUGGCACAUAACGUAUCUCAAAAAUUACACCGACGUCUUUCAAAUGCUGGCACAUAGAUUAUGGAAUCAUCUUGGUGAACUACCUGUACAUAAGUUUCGAAUACGAUGUGUCGAGCUUUUGCACGAAUUACAUCAUGCACUGGAUGAUUCUUGUGACGCAGUGGAGGAUGCAAUUGGUUUGGCACUGAUGAACGAGAGUAUGGAAAAGAAAAUCGAUGCAUUUAACAGAUUCGUGACAUUAUGGCACCUUGGACGAGAUAUUGAGACCAAUCCGAGAUUAAGAGGCUGUUUACGAGGUUUUGAUAAAUCGCUCUUGAAGCUCCUGGACAAUCUCGAAUUGACUGACAAUUCGCCGCUGAAGCUUCAGUCGCAAUCCUGGCUCCUGCAUUGCCUCGUGCGCAAUGAUAUUUCGCGCGUCGUCAAUCCCGUCCUCACGAUGCUCCUCGAUCCUUCCACCUGUCGCAUGAGUGUCCUUCAUGUUAGCAUCCAACACAGUAACAUCAUCCUUACGAAGAGCGACCCGACAACCCAUCAGGAAAAAUCGGAAAACUCGCAGGACGACGCCGAGGGUACGGCUAAUAUUUACGCGAUCAGUUCGGUAGACGGAAAUGUCAUCUAUCACGUUAGCAACGGUCAGGGUGAUCGACGUCGAUACGAUGAGACGGAAUGGCGAUUAGGUUUUCACAAGAAAAAAUCAUCCAUCAUAAAUCCAGUAAAAGUGAAGCGUAUUUUUGCAGUGACGACUUUGACGAGCGACAGUAAGAGUUAUCAAUAUGUGACGGAGCGGAAUCAAACGAUGAGAGAGCUAGAAGUUCCGCCAAGCAUAUCCGGUAAUAGACGAAUAUCGGUUUUCGUCAAUCCGCUAUCACAGAACGCCAAUGAAAAUUCAAACGAUUCCUUAACCGAGGAUGAUUCGUUAUCGACUAAAAAGAGCGUCACAACCGCUGGUAAUACCACGACUGCGGCUGCGGCUGCGGCGGAUGUCUUGAAGAACGCGAGGAGAUUCAAAAAGCCCGAAUUUAACAAAGGCUCGACGGGAAGUUUGGACGAGAGCCUAUUCGAGUCUGCAGACUCGACGACGCCGACGGCCAAGUCGAAGGAUAAGAACGAAAACACGAAGGCUCUCAAUGGAGAAAUUGGAUCUUCGUCGUUGGAUUCCAUUACGAAUAGUCUGGCUUCAAGUAGUCCUGAAAUCGUCAAUACAAAUAAGAUUUGCCAGCAGCAAAGACCAAAGAAGGAGCAUGUGAUGAUACCAAACAGCGCAAGAGAGAUCGCGGGGACGAUAAUAAAGGGAAAGUACCACAGUAUGAACAGCGAGUUCAACAACUCGAGUUACGAGGUAAACGACACGGUCGGCAGCUUCGAAGCCACCACGGAAAUACCAAGCUGGACUAUGGGUGACGAGGAAGCUGAUUUGGAGACCAGCACCACUGCCGAAGAGUAUUUCAGUAAUUCGAGCGGCAUAAGUGUCGUUGAAGAAGUGCUCAACGUCGUCGUGGAUAAAGUGAUCGAAAUAUGCGAAGCUAACGAGACCAAUAAAAACUGCGAGGAAUCGAUUCAAUUGGAUAAUGGCAAUACGAAGCGCAACAGCUCCGGUGGCAUUGGCGUACAUAAUCUCCAUUCGCACAUGCUUCUUUAUUGCGGAGUCUACGAUUCAAAUCGUACUCUGUACGCCCUGCGGAUACUACGAAAUGAGUUGUUAACGAAUGCCCGCAUGUUCCUCGGGGCGACGGCAACGACUGGUGUUGCCAAUAAUCCUCGUAGCGCGCCGCUCCUCGCGCUCCUUGCUCGACAUCGCAAGAGCAUCUUCGGCAGAAAUUUUCACGGCGAAGUCGCCAAUACAGAGUUCGUUGCCGCGUAUAGAAGCAGCAUGUACCUGGAGCUAUUGAUCAGCGUGUGCCUUUAUUUUGCGAGAAGUUACUAUCCGAAUCUAGGACAGAUGAGACUCACUCAGGAAGAGAUUUCGGGCAAUCGACAAGUUCAAUUAGCGAGUACAGAAUUGUUAACGCUUAUUUUUUCCGAAUUAAUACCCAUUGUUCGAGACUCCGGGAAAGGCUUUAGCUGUUACAUCAUAGAUCUAUUAACGAAAUGUAAGGUGCAAAAAGUCGCACUUCACUGUCUUGUAUCGAGUGUUCUAGCUAUGAAGAAUGCACAGAAAGAUAGUAACGAAGUAUUCACUUUUACCGAAGAAAUCGUUCAAUUUAACGAUCCCGUCACCGAAACUAACAUCAACAAGUGUAAAUAUAGAGCAAGUGACCAUACGGAAGCCUUUCAAAUGCAAUUGUUACGAUUAUUGCUAGCAUUGAUAAUGCUCGAGCAUCAAUGUGGAGCACAAAAGGGUGAAGACGUUGGGGCUGCAGCACCGUCGCCAACGACACCUUCUCGAGCAAUCGAUAAUUUAUCAGGGAAUACCUUAAAAUAUAUAGCAGGAGCACCGAUACCUCAGCAGUCAAUGUUUCUCGCCAGUAUACUUAGUGCUUUGAAAUUGGAGCAUAUGAGGCAUCUACACCAAUACUGGACGACCCUCGUCACAUCUAGUCUACCAUUUAUGGCAUCUUCAUUAACGCAAAUCGUUACGUCGGUCAUACAUCAGCUUUGCUGCAAUAUUGAGCAGUUGGCUUCGUAUUAUGUUGGCGAGGAUGCGUUACUUUCGACCUGCAAGAGUGAGGAUUUAAGUUUAGUCGAGUGCUGCUUACCCGCGGACUACACUGUCACACAUUUAGAAGCCUUAACUUUCCUUCUACACUACUGCUUACUCGAUACCUCGCAACAGAUUGUCUUUUCGUUCAAUCAACCAAGCAGUGCUAUUCAAACAGGAGUACCAGGCGCCAAUCCCGGGCAAAUUUUCAAUAAUCUCAUACACGUUUUCAUGCCCACUCCUCUAGCUACGGAUAUCAAUGGUACAAAAGAUAAGAGUGCUACAAACGAGCAACUGCUUAAUGCAAGAAGAACAGCGCUAAGCCAUUUACCUCGAAUAAUUGCCUCACUUUCUACACUUUGGCAAGCAGUUAUUGUUACAAAAGACAAUGAGCAGGCGACGUGCGUUGUUGGUAGUCCCCGAGUGGUGAAACAUCAGUUGCUAGAGCUUCUUUCGCCCAUAUCUUUUCAUCAUGGUGUGAAUUUUCUAGCUGCAGUUGCCGUCGCUUGGCACGAAAGGCGACAACCCUCUAUCAAUUCAAAAAGGAUAUUACCGGAAGCGUGUCCAAAUCAGCAAGUACUGGUCCAAUUAGUCAGUGCAAUUAGGGUGAUGCCCAUCGAUACAUUAGUACAAACUGUUCAUCAAGUUAUUAAGACUCCACCGCCAAUAAGUGGAGUGAAGCAGGACUUUUCCUUGGAAGUCUCGGUUUUAGAGCUACUCUAUAUUUAUAUGCAAAGUAAUACAUCACAGACGCUUGUAGAAUCAUGGGCUUCGCUACUUGGAUUAUUGAAGGAUAGUCUUUCUUCGAGUGCGCCAGCCCAAUUCUUAUUGCUAGCAAUUUUAAACGAAUAUGUGCAGAAAUGCCCCCCAAUGCAAGAGAAAAAAGAUAUAAGGGAUUUGCAAGAUAUAACAGCCAAGCUCGUUGAAUCGUGUUCUCAAAUUGCUGGAGCGUGUCUCGAGCAGACAACUUGGCUACGAAGGAACUUGGCCGUACGAGAAGAUGUUUUGGAUGUAUCGGAAGGAUCGACGGAAGGCAAAGAAGGUAAAGCUGGCACUGUAACGCCUGGCACUCCACCAAAUUCUGCUUACAGUGUCCAGGCGCAAGCUGUGCUUGCAGAAAUUUUGGCGCCUCUCUUUGACGUCAGUUAUGGCUCUCAGGAAAAGGAGCGCGUCGCUACACUACUUACUAAUCUAAUGUACAAUGUAACACCUUACUUGAAAAAUCAUACAACGAAAAAUAUUGCUUCAUUCACUGCCUGCUCGCAGCUACUUAGUUCACUUUCUGGAUAUCCUUAUACGCGUAAAGCCUGGCGCAAAGAUGUUUUGGAUUUAUUAUUGGAUCCUGCCUUUUUUCAAAUGACAGCCGCUUGUUUGCCAUUUUGGCGAACCAUAAUUGACAAUUUGAUGACACAUGACAAUACAACAUUUCGAGAUUUAUUAACCAAGGUCUCGAUUGCACAGAGUAGUAGCAUAAGCAUAUUCUCAUCAAAGGAACAAGAAUACGAGCAGAGAGCACAGCUUUUAAAAAGAUUGGCCUUUGUUAUUCUUUGUAGUGAAAUGGACCAAUAUCACAAAUAUAUGCCAGAAAUUCAAGAACGACUUGCCGACAGUCUUCGUUUACCACAAGUGAUACCCUCGAUUCAAGCACAAGUAUUCCUUUGCUUUCGAGUGCUGCUUCUUCGUGUCUCGCCGCAGCAUGCAACUUCUCUUUGGCCAGUUAUAGUCAGUGAAUUGGUUCAAGUAUUUUUACAUAUAGAACAGGAACUAAGCACUGAUACAGAAGAAUUCAGUCGUCAGAACAGUUCGCACAUCAAACUUCUAUCGGCGCUGGAUUCAUCUUGGGCAGUAAAUUCUAAUAAUGGACUUCAGGCUCACGGUCAUCCACAUUGGUUACAUUUACAACUUGCGGCUGCGAAACUUUUAGAUUUAGCGCUUUUACUACCAGCGCAUAGACUACCACAAUUUCAAAUGUAUCGUUGGGCUUUCGUUGGAGAUGCUGCGUCAGGAAGUACAGAAAACAAUAACUUGAGCUCGGAUUUCGUUCCACAUAUAACAAGGAUAGCAAAACUUAUGGAUAAUAAAUUCAAGGAGGGCGAGUCGCUGUCUAAGUUACCGGCUGGUGAGCUCUUACUAACGUCGAGCAACAUCCGCUCGCUCCAGGACCUCCAUCACUUCUUUACGGCGCUGAGUCGUAGGCCCGAGGAAUCGCAAGCACACCUGAACGUCGCCCACCUCGAGUCUGUCAUAGAACAGGAUUUCCUCGAGAAGAUGCCCAGUUUACCCGCGAGAUAGUAGAACAAAGGAACCGCCGUCGUCGUCGCCCCGAGACUAGCAUUCGUUUAAACGAGAGUCGCUGCUAGACCGCACGAGCCUCCCGGAAUCCUUGCUUCGUUGUCUUAUGCCACGGGAAUGUGGUUGCGUUUAUAAUGAACUAGAUGACGAUGAUGAUACCGGAAUUCAUCGAUCGUUAUCCGACGUCCUUUUCUUUU